AAGAAAAAACAUUUUUCAACUCCUAGCAAAUCCAACAGAUAUGGCUCACAACAAGUUGCACUUGGUACUAUCCUGUAUGGUAACACUUGCCGUAGUUACUUUACAAGUAACUCAAGCAGUCCAGUAUGAAGUAACUAACAGUGUACCCGGAACAGCCGGAGGCAACCGCUUUGACAGUGAAAUCGGUGUCGACUACAGCAAACAAACAUUAGAAUCAGCUACAUCAUUCAUUUGGAGAAUCUUUGGACAAUCCACUGAAGCAGACAGGAAAUCUAUACAAACCAUAAAAAUGUUUGUGAGGCCGGUAGACCCUGUGGCAUAUGCUAGCGGCAAUGAGAUUCACGUGAAUUCAAAUUAUAUUGCUAGUUAUUCAGGUGAUGUCAAGAGAGAAAUCACCGGGGUACUAUACCAUGAAGCCACUCACAUAUGGCAAUGGAGCGUUAAUGCAAACGGAGGUUUGAUUGAAGGGAUUGCUGAUUUCGUUAGGCUAAAAGCUAACUACGCACCAUCUCAUUGGGUGAAACCAGGUGCUGGUGACAGAUGGGAUCAGGGUUAUGAUGUGACGGCCCAUUUCUUGGACUACUGUAACAGUCUUAAUAAUGGGUUUGUUGCAGAACUAAAUAAGAAGAUGCGGACCGGUUAUAGCGACAAUUUUUUCUUUGAAUUGCUUGGGAAAACAGUUGACCAACUCUGGAGUGAUUACAAGGCGAAGUACGCCCAGUAAAUCAGUAACUAUGUACUACUUGAAAAGGACUGAUGCAUAUCGCAGUCUACAAGUGUAGCUGCAGUAUUAAUAUUACAGUAUGAAAUAAAAGUGGGAACUAAAGCAUCAUACUGCUGUUCUGUAAUUUGAGCUAAAUAAUUUUAUUAAAUGAAAUCUUCCAAUCCUUAUGUUUA